UCAUAAAUUGCCACCACAGACACAAAUUAUUUUUUUAACUUGUACAUUUGGUUUCCCCAAUUUGGUUUCAUUGUGGCUUAAAACACAUAACAGGUCUUUGUGGGAUGCAUGAAAUUUGAAGUUGUUGAUGCAUUUAAGUGUUUUAAUUUAUAAACUAGUUAAAAAAGACAAACCUUGAUGUUGGCUUGAGAAAGCCUAUCCUGAAAGUUUGAAGUAUCCUAAUUGUAAAAGCUUCUGAAAUAAUUUAGAUAGAAAGAAAGAGAGAGUUUAAAAAGCUUAAAGUUUGAAGGCUAUGAAGACAGAUACAGGCCUUAAAAAAAGGAAAAGAGCAUCAUUUCUUCAGCGAAUCCUAAGUGAGAUGCUGAACGGAGACGUGAGCAGGUGCAGCUCUCUCCUUAAAUGGAAACGAGCCACGUCAUGUGACGCAGCGAGCUGCCAACAACACAAGCAGCAUCACCAGGAAAAUGGAGGCAGGUCAGGCUUAGAGGAGCAGCUCCAGCAUCACACGACAGCAUGAUGCUUUUGAAAUAUUAAACAGCGUUAAGACCAUGAGAUUUCACGCUAGCGUGGAGUAAGAACUCACAGAAUUUGAAAGCAACCAGAAAGCUUCUUCAUCUUACACAGCAGGCCACUUCCUGCGGAGGGUGACAUGGACUCUUCCUGUGCCCUGAGCGAGGGGAGAACUUCUCCCCCAAACUCUCUUCUCAUUGGUGGAGCCGGAGGGGGCGGAGCGCACCGGAAGCGUCGCACACUGGUGGCGCCGGAUAUGAACUUGUCGUUGGACCAGAGCGAAGGGUCGUUGCUCUCAGAUGACUUCCUGGAUACACCUGAUGAUCUGGAUAUUAAUGUGGAUGAUAUCGAGACGCCCGACGAUACGGACUCACUGGAGUUCAUAACCAACGGCAAUGACCUGGAGUGGGAGGAUGACACACCCGUCGCCUCUGUCAAAGCGCCCCCUGCUGACAGUGACGCUGAUGGAGAAGGUGUGGACGGGACAGGUGUCAAUGGCCGUUUGUGGAGGACUGUGAUCAUCGGCGAACAGGAACAUCGGAUCGAUAUGCAGGUCAUAAGACCCUAUCUGCGCGUCAUAUCACACGGAGGGUACUAUGGCGAGGGCUUGAAUGCCAUCAUAGUGUUCACAGCAUGUUACCUUCCUGACAGCAGCUGCCCAGAUUACCAUUACCUGAUGGAAAAUCUCUUUCUGUAUGUGGUGAGCAGUCUGGAGAUGCUGGUCGCGGAGGAUUACCUGAUCAUCUACAUGAACGGAGGAACGCCCCGGAGUAAAAUGCCCGGCAUUAGCUGGCUUAAGAAGUGCUAUCAAAUGAUCGACAGAAGACUGAGGAAAAACCUAAAAUCUCUGAUCAUCACUCACCCUUCCUGGUUUAUCCGGACAGUCCUCGCGAUUUCCAAACCCUUCAUCAGCGUGAAGUUCAUGAAUAAGAUCCGUUAUGUGCACAGCUUGGAAGAGCUGGAAAAGAUUGUCCCUAUGGAUCAUAUUCAGAUCCCAGAGUGUAUCUUACAAUUUGAAGAGGAAAGAAUCAAUGCUAGAAAAGAGAGAAUGGAGCAGGAACAGAAAGAACAACAGCAUCAAGAACAGCAACAGAAGCCAACCAAUCCAGAGAGGACAACAGCGACUGAAGAGCCUGGACUCUGAGCGGACAAGCUUGAAUGUUCUUGUUGCUGAUCUUGGACCGUUUUUCAUAUUCCCAAAUUAUUCAUAUACAUGUUAGACGACGACUCGAAACUAGUUUCAGAUCAGCAACAAAGCAGAAACUUUAAUCGAAAGUUGGAGGAUGAGAAGGCAAGCUGCUCUCGCUUUCAUCUGCAAAGGCACAAUUUUAAAAAAGCAUCUUGAGAUCCACCAACAAAUGGCAAUGCGCACAGAGAAACGUUGCUGUUUUCGGUAGCAGGAUGUACCAUCAUGCAUUGUAGCCUCUUUACAGUUAACGCUUUUUUAAAUAGGCUGUUCCCUGCUUUCUGACCCUUGAGAAUGUCAUGCCUUUAAUUGACGGAUGUGUCCGCUCAGGAUUUGAUUGGUGGUGCAUGUCGAUUUCCAAGCAACCGUUCCUGUGCUUCUCUGUGUGUAUGCGCUCAAAUCGAAUGUAACUUUAUUCCAUUUCGCCAAUUAUGUUUGCCUAGAAUCCUUUCUUGGAUGUUUUUUGAAUGUUUUAACCCUUUCAUCUUGUUUAAUGACCAGCUUUUGUAAAAGAUAUGUGCCAGCCAUCUCUGAAAACAUUUUGACAUCAAUGUAUUCAGCAGGAUUUUUAUGUUGCCUUAUGUUUGCUAUGAAAAAUUAAACAUUCUGCUGUGUAUGAGUACAGUA